ACGAUAAAUCGAAUAACUCGCGCUAACUUUCUCGCGAUCUUGGUCGUCGUCUCUGACGAAAUUGACAUUGAUCCAGUCUCGUGGAUCCCUGAGAAAGAAGGGCGGAAAAGAAGCGGAGUGGAAAAGAAGAGAUCGUUUGACAUUGGUCGUUUGCGAUGGUAGUCGGAUGGUCGUAUUGCGCCAUCGCAAUGAUGAGACGAAGAUACUUACGUACAACAUACUUACUUACUUACUUACAUAUAGUCUACGUAGAAAUUUUUUCGCGUCUCAUACGAAACAAGAGAGUCGAGGAUGAGUGCGCAGGUGAGACGACGCCGACCGGGUGAUUUAAAAGCUGUCACAUGCAACAUCUGCCAAUGCAAACGCACCACUCAAGGCUACCGAUCCCCACUUACAGCCAUGCUUCAUUAGUUAUAAUUUAGUAUAAAACGGCAAAACUUCGACGACACCUUUAAUACCUUUUCACACCUGGCAUAAGUACGUAAACACUGCGUCAAAGUCCGUGCCCAACGUGUAACGCAUCGAAUUCACGUAUACCAGACGUAUAUCGCGCAAAUUCAUUAUAUACGUUCGAUCAAGAUUUUAAUCAGAAAUAAUUAUGAAUUGUCACGUGAAAAUACCAUACAAAAUCAUGCUCCUACUAUGUCUACACUUUUGCGUUUACGCCCUCCCACGCGCGGUGUUGCAGAAAGAUAAAAGCAUUUUAUCUACUACAGCGAAUAUUCAGAUGCAUGUCGAUGGAAGGAACACCGGCUUUAGUGGUCCCUCGAUAAUAGACGAUAUGUCUUACAUCGAUUAUGAUCCAUCGAAUAAAAUCCCAUCAAAAAGACCGAACGUUUGCAAUGACUGUGUUUGCGGGAUCGGUAGAAAGACAAGAAUAGUAGGUGGAAACGAAACCAGUGUUUUUGAAUAUCCUUGGUUGGUCAGUAUGAGCAAACAGGGUGUAUUCUAUUGCGCUGGAAGUUUGAUAACACGAAGGCACAUUUUAACAGCUGCCCAUUGCUUGGAAGGAUUCGAGACGAAGAGUAUCAAACUAGUGAUAGCUGAUAGUGACCGAAUGAAACUCGCAUCUACUGCCAUAGUUCGUCGCAUAAAAUCCGUAACUAUUCACGAAGAAUUCCAUACGUAUAAUUUUAACAAUGAUAUUGCUCUUAUAGAAAUGGAUAGACCAGUUUCGUUAGAUAGUAUCAUUCGUACGGCUUGUUUGCCUGAGGACAAAGCCAUAGAUUAUACCGGUGCCAUGGCUACGGUGGUUGGCUGGGGACGUACUGGUGAAAAUAAACCGGUUAGCGAUGAAUUACGUAAAGUUAAUGUUCCGAUUUUGUCUCAGGAAGAAUGUGAUCAAGCUGGAUAUCAAAAGAAUCGUCUUACCGACAAUAUGUUCUGCGCUGGAUAUCUCGAUGGAAAACGCGACGCAUGUUUCGGUGACAGUGGAGGUCCUCUUCACGUCAAAGGAUCUUAUGGCCAUUUGGAAGUAAUCGGUAUAAUAUCUUGGGGUCGUGGUUGCGCGAGGCCAAAUUUUCCUGGAAUAUAUACAAAAUUAAACAAUUACAUGGGUUGGCUAAAGGAUCAUCUUGGUAACGAAUGUGUAUGUCCGCCCCCGACAGCUCGUGUUAUACAAGAGCUUGUCGUUCGUCUGAUCUCAAAAAUACAAAAGUCAAUGUUAGAAAUCGUGAAGACAUUGAAGAACCAACCUAAUAAUCGUACUGGAAAAUUUCUGUUCGAUGAAUUAUUUGGCAUCGAUAUCACUGGUGGUGCCGAUGACGAUGAAAAGCUUCGAAAUUGUACAUGCGAAUGUGGUAUAACUAAUAAAGAAAAUCGUAUCGUUGGUGGACGACCAACGAUACCAAACAGAUAUCCAUGGAUCGCUCGUUUGGUUUACGAUGGACGCUUUCAUUGCGGCGCCAGUUUAAUUAAUAAUGAUUAUGUCAUUACAGCUGCUCAUUGUGUACGAAAUUUGAAACGAUCGAAAAUUCGUGUUGUACUCGGUGACUAUGAUCAAUAUGUGAAUACCGAUGGUGUUGCUAUAAUGAGAGCAGUUAGUUCCGUGAUACGUCAUCGAAAUUUUGACAUAAAUUCUUAUAAUCAUGAUGUGGCUCUAUUAAAGCUUCGUAAGCCCGUCAAAUUUUCCAAAACUGUUAGACCUGUUUGUCUACCUCAAGCUGAAUCUGAUCCUGCUGGCAAAGAAGGUACUGUCAUUGGAUGGGGACGUACAUCAGAAGGAGGUAUGUUACCAGGAAAGGUUCAUGAAGUACAAGUACCUGUAUGGAGUUUGACACAAUGUCGGAAAAUGAAAUACCGUGCAAAUAGAAUCACUAAUAACAUGAUUUGCGCUGGCAAAGGUACUCAGGAUUCUUGCCAAGGUGACAGUGGUGGACCUCUUCUUGUACAUGAAGGUGACAGAUUGGAAAUAGCAGGUAUAGUUUCCUGGGGCGUUGGUUGUGGUAGACCUGGAUAUCCUGGAGUUUAUACUAGAGUUACUAGAUACUUGAAAUGGAUCAACACAAAUAUAAAGGAAGGAUGUCUGUGUUUUCUUUGUUAUCUCGGAUUCAUCGUCAUUCUUUUAAUUCAGAAAGAAUGUCAGGCGGGACAAAUAGGCGAAAAUAUGAAAAACUUUUUUGGUCUCUUCGGUAACAAACCACCGGACACUAAAGAACCACCUGCGCCAUGUUACUGCUCAUGUGGAUUACGAAACGAAGAGAGUAGAAUCGUCGGUGGUCAAACGACACGAAUGAACGAACUCCCAUGGAUGGCGAAACUGUCCUAUUUAAACAAAUUUUAUUGCGGUGGUUCUUUGAUAAAUGAUCGUUAUGUGUUAACCGCGGCACAUUGCGUUAAAGGUCCCUCCAGUUUUAUUUUCAGGUUUAUGUGGUUCAUGAUCAAGGUCACAUUCGGUGAACACGACAGGUGUAUCGAUAAAGGUAUUGAAACAAGAUACGUCGUCAGGGUGUUAACCGGUGAUUUUAGUUUCCUCAACUUUGAUAACGAUAUCGCACUUCUUCGACUUAACGAUAGAGUUCCCUUCAGUGAUACGAUACGUCCAAUAUGUCUACCAACUGUAAAAGAGAACGAAUACAUUGGAUCAAAAGCGAUAGCAGCUGGAUGGGGUACUCUUAAAGAAGAAGGCAAGCCAUCCUGUUUGCUUCAAGAAGUCGAAGUUCCAGUUAUGAGCUUACAGGAUUGUCGAAACACCAGUUACAGUCCUCGUAUGAUCUCUGAUAACAUGUUAUGCGCAGGAUAUCCGGAUGGAAUGAAGGAUUCUUGUCAGGGUGAUAGUGGUGGACCACUGAUAACCGAACGCGAAGAUAAAAGGUAUGAAAUCAUUGGUAUCGUCUCUUGGGGAAAUGGAUGUGCUCGGCCAGGAUAUCCUGGUGUUUAUACCAGAAUUACCAAUUAUUUGGAUUGGAUCUUAAGUAACUCAAAAGAUGGUUGUUUUUGCGAUAAUAAUUGACUUCAAUUUCGUCGAACUUAUUAAGAUCUUCCAACAUAAUUUAUGUUAUAUAUAUCGAACGUUUAUGUUAUACAACUAUUCAAACGCUUAUGUUUCUUAUCAAUUAGAAUAGUCGAUAUUUUUUUGAUUCGACGCCAUUGAAAAAUACUAUUUAUGUGUUUAUAUUUAGUUUGUUAUAUCACUGUACGAGAUUUAUACGAAAACGAGAUUACGUAGAUAUAAGUUCGCUCGUGUAAUAAAUAUCACUGCGUUAUCUUACUCGACUUCAUUCUUAUGGAAUGAUAAAUAAAAAAGAUUACAAAUUU